GGAGUUUCAUUUUUGAGUACCGUAGCAGAAGUCUUCAUGAUGUCGUUGUUCCCGAUUGUAUUAUCGUCACGGGUAGUUCUGCAGACUGCUAUGCUAGUAAUGAUGAAUACUAGAUACCUCGAGCCUGAACCGACUGCAUUCACCCCCGCUCCUCCACUGUCAAGCACGGAGACCAUCCAGGGAGACUCCACACGUUGUUACGGCAUAUAUGGUUGCUUCAGUACAGAUAGCCCAUGGACAUCUGAGACCCGACCAAUCAGCUUGCCUCCAGAAUCUCCAGAGAAAAUAAAUCCCUAUUUUUGCUUAUACACACGAAGGAAUCGACAUGACUGCCAACGUUUGGAACUAAUGAGAUGGAAUGCUUCCUAUUUAAACCCCAGGCAAAAUGUAGUGCUAAUCAGUCAUGGAUAUUUGGAAAAUGGACAGAAACCGUGGCUUAUGAAUAUGACCAGGGCCCUUCUUGACCAUUCUGAUAUGAAUGUUAUUGUUAUUGGAUGGGGUGGAGGCUCUAAACCACCAUACUCCCAAGCAGUUGCAAAUAUUAGAGUUGUGGGUACAAUGGCUGGUCAUCUUGUUGCACAUAUGGUGAAUAAUGUUGGAGUUGAUGUGAAAAAGUGCCAUGUCAUUGGACACAGUUUAGGUUCUCAUGUAGCGUCAUACAUUGGACAUACUCUACAAACAAAAUUUAGAAUGAAGCUUGGUCGCAUAACAGGACUGGAUCCUGCAGAACCACAUUUUACAAAAACUGACCCCAUUGUGCGUCUGGACCCAUCUGAUGCUGAUUAUGUAGAUGUUGUACAUACUGAUGCAGCACCGUUCAUGAGUGGUGGCCUUGGGCUGAAAGAACCUGUUGGUCACGUGGACUUUUACCCAAAUGGAGGCAUUCGUCAGCCUGGCUGUACUGAUGGAGUCUUUGGGCAUAUAGGAAGACAGAAAGGAAGUUUGUCCAAAGGUCUGCGCAGUUUUGUCAGCUGCAACCACCUUAGAAGCUAUGAAUAUUAUAUGGAAUCAAUAAAUACAAAAUAUCCUUUCAUGGCUAUAGAAUGCAAGUCUUGGGAAGAUUUUCUUAAUGGUUCUUGCUUUUCUUGUGGAAAGCACUAUGAUAUAAAAAAUGGUUAUAAGAAUGGAGAAUCAUACUGUACAAGAUUUGGUUACAAUUCACAACCACAUAUGGUGACAAAUUCAAAAAACAGAAUUCUACAAAGGAGAAGUGUUAAAACAUACCUAAUUACAGGAUCUGAAACACCAUUUUGUCGUGAACAUUUUAGAGUAUUAAUAAACGUUUCAACUUCACCUGCAAGUGUGAAACAUGGGAGUGAAAUUGGACACUUCUGGAUUGUUCUAAAACGAGGAGAAUCUGUUGAAAGAAUCCAAGUGAAUACAAGGGCUAUACUGUUUGAACCAGGUACACAACACAAGUUCAUAGUAUCAACAAAGUGUUCAGAAUCUCUUGAAGGAGUUAGUAUUGAAUGGGUGUAUGAAACAUCAUUUUUAAAUCCUCUUACAUGGAGAUUUGUCACACCUCCAAGAUUAUUCUUGCAGUCUGCUGUGGUUGAGAACCUGGAGCGGUCAAGCAGGCACACGUUAUGUCCACCUUAUGGUAGGGCAAUAUAUCCCAAAGAAGUAAUGGAAAUGAGGAGGAAUUUGGACUGUAAACAAGAGUGACUUCUAUAAACAAUUUAACUAAAUUAUUACUUGGCAGUUCCUAAUACUCAGUACCAACAGGUACUGGAGAUGCUGUCAGUGAAUCUGUGAUAGUGUGUUGUUACACAAGGACAGUGUGAAACAUUGUUCUCUCUCUCUCUCAUAAUGUACCAAAGAAUUGAGUGUGAGUUAAUUUUUUGCAAGUGUUAAAUAUUUGCAAAAGGACUGAAAACAGAAUGUUUCAUCUGCUUAGCAGGAGUGGGUGUAGUUAGCCAUAGACUAAGUGAAGAAACAUUGAGGUGUUCAAUUCUAAGUCUCUGCAGUCAUCUCUGCUGUUCCUGCCAUAAUGGAGGUUAUACUAACAAACAAGACAACUGUUAGAUUAACUCCUGGCACUUAGUGAAAAAAGCAAACAUUUGACAUACAGUAUUAUUUUUAUAGUCAUAUUUUUAGAUGUAAUAUACUGUUGUUUAAAUGUGAGAACAUUUGACAUGAUUUCACAUUUGUUUUUAUAGAUUUUUAUAUUAGUAAACAAAUUUUGAAAAAUGGAA